UUUAAAAAGAUAAAUAAAUAAACAAAAGAAAGAGGAAAGAAGACACGACUUAUUGCCAGUUUUAGGGGGCGAGAAUUAUCUUCAGGAUUUGAUUGUCGAUGAGCCGACGAGCUGCUGCGCGCGGUCUCCCGCCGGCGGCUCGUGGUGAGGAGCAGCCGUCAGUCUGUCAGCGCGUCGCCCGGGACGGAGCGACUCUGAGCACCGGAGGACCGCGGCUAUCCGUGAGUGACAGCUCUUGCUUCUUUGACUUUGCUUUCAGGACUCGAACCCGUUUUACCCUGGUGUGUGUUUUUUUGCAGAUGAUGGGCUUUACCCACACAACAUUACAGGCUAUGUGCUAAAUAUCCUGUGACAACACGGACCCUCUGCAAUCCUUCCAAAAAGAAAGAAACAAGUCUGCAGGGAUGGACAGGGCACGAGACAUAAUGGCAUUGAUCUGCCUGUUAUUUCUCAAACUACCAAAGUAUGAGAUGGCUAGUGGAAAAGUCUUAGAGGAAACUUAUCACAAGUGGGUCCAGUAUAAAGAAGACUGUGUCAAAAUGAUAGUAAAUGAGCCGCCGCCUCAAGCGGAUGUGUUCUGUAACAGGACAUUUGACAAAUACGCCUGCUGGCCAGAUACUCCUGCCGGCUCUGUGGUCAACAUCUCAUGUCCUUUCUACUUGCCCUGGUUUGACAAAGUGUCCCAGGGAGUUGUGCUUCGGCGGUGUGGCUCUGACGGCAUCUGGGAGAGAGAAGACAGCGGGCAGGUGUGGAGGGACAUGACCCAGUGCGAGGAGGAAAAAGAGAUCACAUCUCACGAGCUGUGGUUCAAACAAUUGAUGGUGAGCUUCAGGAUGUUGUACACUGUCGGCUAUUCCUUGUCCCUCUUCACGCUCAUUACGGCUCUCAUCAUUCUUCUGAGCUUUAGGAAACUGUAUUGCUUCAGGAACUUCAUCCAUGCUAACCUUUUCCUUUCCUUCAUCCUGCGAGCCGUGUCUGUCAUUGUUAAGGACACCAUGCUAGAACGCCACUGGGGACGAGAAAUCGUGAAACAGACCGAUGUGAGUGAGAUGCUCAGUCACCAGGCUGCUAUUGGCUGCCGGAUAGCACAGGUGAUGAUGCAGUACUGUGUCCUGGCCAAUCACUAUUGGUUCUUUGGAGAGGCAAUUUAUUUGUACUCUGUGCUUAUAGCCUCAGUGUUUAUUGACAACAACAAAUGCUUGCCUUACAUCUGUCUUGGCUGGGGAACACCACUUCUAUUUGUGGUUCCCUGGGUAGUGAUGAAGCUAUUGAAGGAAAACAAAGAGUGCUGGGCUUUAAAUGAGAACAUGAACUACUGGUGGAUAAUUCGCUUCCCAAUUCUUUUUGCAUCACUAAUCAACUUUCUGAUUUUCAUUAAGAUCCUCAAGGUCAUUCUUUCCAAAUUACGAGCCAGCAACCAGACCGAAUACCCUGAUUACAAACUUCGGCUUGCCAAGGCAACGCUUACCCUCAUUCCUCUGUUUGGGGUUCAUGAGGUCAUAUUCAUCUUUGCUACAGACGAGCAGACGACAGGCGUUCUGCGCUACACCAAAGUUUUCUUCACUCUUUUUCUCAAUUCAUUUCAGGGCUUUCUGGUGGCUGUGCUCUACUGCUAUGCCAAUAAAGAGGUGAGGGCAGAGCUGAAGAGGAAGUUACGCAGCUGGAUGAUGGAGGCAGAGCUUGUAUGUUGCGGACGGUGACUAGCCGUGCUCGACUCUCGAGUAGACACUUUUUCCAUCACCACAGUGCCAGAGCGCAACAGAACCUCCCCCAUAAUGAUGAGGGCGAGGCCUGACGGUUCGCCCACUCCUGAGAGUUCACUGAUUUUCCGGCAUCAAACUCAACCGACAUCACCACAACCUGAUGCAUCAUUGCUGCACUGUCCAUCAGUGGCACACAGAGAAAACACCCUGCAUCGCGGGGAUCAGGAUGAGACUGGAAAGUCGUCUGCAGCGAUGCAGGUGUCCUUCCUCAUUCAUCUUCAAGACCCUGUAGAGCUACUCCCGAAUGUUGUCGAUAUAGAUUCAGGCUGAACACACCGUGCAUUUUCAGAUCAUAUGUGGUCUAUUGUGAAUAUGUAAAAGUGUGAUUAAGUAAUUGUUAUAAAGAAAUUGUGAACGUCUGAUUGUUAUCGCCUGAGCCAUCUUCAAGUAAAUAAUGCAAAUAGGGUGUUA